ACCGGGAGGAGGAGGAGGAAGAGGAGGAAGGGGAAGGAAGGAGGAGCCGCCACCGCCGCUCCCCCGGGCCGGCGCCGGGGAUGGUGUUGGCCGCGGCAGCCGGGCCCUGACGCCGCCAUCAGGUGGGAAGCAGCAGUAAUGCUAACGCUGGCAAGCAAGUUGAAGCGGGAUGAUGGUGUCAGAGGCCCCCGUGCGUCCACCCCAGCGUCUGACUCCACUCGCAGGGUGUCUGUCCGGGACAAAUUACUCGUUAAAGAGGUUGCAGACCUUGAAGCUAAUUUACCUUGUACAUGUAAAGUGAAUUUUCCUGACCCAAACAAGCUCCAUUACUUUCAGCUAACUGUAACCCCAGAUGAGGGCUAUUACCAAGGGGGGAAGUUUCAGUUUGAAACUGAAGUUCCUGAUGCCUACAAUAUGGUGCCUCCAAAGGUAAAAUGUUUGACAAGAAUCUGGCACCCAAACAUUACAGAGACAGGAGAAAUCUGCCUAAGUUUAUUGAGGGAACACUCAAUUGAUGGCACUGGCUGGGCCCCAACCAGAACCUUAAAGGAUAUUGUCUGGGGGUUAAACUCUUUAUUUACUGAUCUUUUGAAUUUUGACGAUCCUUUGAAUAUUGAGGCUGCAGAGCAUCAUUUGCGUGACAAGCUUCACAAGAUCCUGCAGCUGUUGCUGGAGGCCUGGGAAACAGGGAGGUGAAAUGCAGGGAUUGGCAUGCAGGAAGAGAGCUUCACCUGCAGAUAAUACUCACAAGGAAACAGAUCAGCCCAGUAUUUUAAGCAGGCAACUGCAGUGAGAGAUCUUUGCUGUCAGAACAGAUAUGUCAGCAAAGGUAAGGAGUGAAACACAGAAAUACAGCAAUGUGGGAAAUACAUCCAGAUUUUGCUUAUGGCAUUAGAAUGAUUCUGUUACUCUGGAGUGGAAAACUCAACCAGGCUGUAACGAGGUAGUUCUUGCUGUAGAGGCACCUGGGGCUGUCACCAUGGCUGGCUCCCCUCUCAUGCCAUAAACUGCUGCUGCUGGUGCCCAGGGCAGAGCACAGCCAGGGAGAGCUGUGUCUGGUACCAGCAGCCGUCAGAGCCAUCCCUGCCUCCCAGAACAAUCCUGUCCAACCCCUGUCCUGUAUUGUUGCUUGCCUGGAGGAGAUGAGCAGAAAAAUAAAGUUUGGAUACUGUUAAAUACUGUACAAGAGGGUCUGAGCA